AUGCGGUCGUCCACUAAAAAGAUGUCGGAACAGAUCCACGACUUCUAUCAGACAAUGAACAUUUACGUCACAAUUGACCCGCUCUACCGCGAGUUGUACCAAACGUUGUUCACACGUAUCCAACACGAAGAUAAGGACAGAGAGCUGGCGCUUCAAAAGCGGAUCCGUUCACUCAAUUGGGUUAUGGUUCAGCACUUGGACGUCGACAUUAAUCUAAGGCAUCCACAGACCAAAAAUUUAGUAACCGAAGCGAUCCCAGAAGUGAUUGAAAUGGACUCAAAACAAGUGCCGCUCGAGAAGUUAGGGUGUAUUGUGAACUGCAGUAAAACGAUAUUCAAAUUACUGCAAGUGAAUAGUCAAGAGCCGGUGUCUGCCGACCAAUUCCUGCCGGCGCUGGUCCUCAUUGUAAUCAAAGCGAACCUACCGUUACUCCAGUCUAACAUCAAACUCAUCACUCGCUUCAGUCCACCGUCGCGACUGAUGUCUGGAGAGGUGGGCUAUUACUUCACGAACCUGUGCUGCGCCACCGCUUUCAUAGAGAAUAUAACCGGCGAUUCGCUUAAUAUGACUGAACAGGACUUCCAGUCGUACAUCACGGGUGAAGCGCAACCGCCCGGCGCUCACCAACAGUCGACCUUUUUGUGUGAAGCGUUCCGUAUAUUGAGCUCUAAUAUGGCUGUGCUUUCCGACCUCAACGACCGUCAGACCAAAUUCGAGACACAAAUGAGUGAACUCACAGACAUUGUUCACAUGUUUCCAGACGACAUGUUGAAGAGAACUCAUAACGCACUCAAACUACUGUCGCUGACCGUGUAG